AUGGGAGAGAUAUCUAGUCGCUAGAUUGGCCAUGCAUGUCAGCUGUGAGCGCCGAACCAUUCGGCGUUUGGGUUACUUUUUGAGCGCCGAACGGUUCGGCUCUUUAAGUCCCAACCGUUAGAUUUUGUGAUUCUUCUGAGCGCCGAACUGUUCGGCGUUUUCUUUUACUUUUGAACGCUGCACCAUUCAGCGUUUCAAUUUCGCUAAUAGUGAAACGGCGAGCAAAUGCUAGGGGAGAAAAGUAGCCAGAUAGAGUGUUAACUUUUUUCCCACACAUUUUUCAUGAUUUGCAACACUUUUUGGCAGCCAUCCACUCUCUCCCAUAGGACUUAGCCUUAGUGGUAGUCCAUUAGCUCUGCUUACGUCAUUGUUACGGUUUCCGAAACCAACCCGCCUCUGUCUCUAUAUAUAUAUGACGAGUCUGUGAAAUUUAUCGACACGAUUAUCAAAUCUUCUUCUCUCACCUGUAGCAUGGCGAUUAUGUCAAGAGUGGAUCGCCGGAAACAGUAUGAUUUAGAGGAAGGUCGCAAAGCUGGGAUUCUACCACCUGAGGUCGACAAACAUGGUAAAAUAAUCAAUCCUCAUAUCCCCAAAUAUAUGUCACAGAUACCUUGGUAUACCGAAAACCAAGACCAAGCUGAUGAAGGACCUAGUCUUGAUCAUCAAAAGAAGCAGCAGCAGCAGAAACCAGCAGAAUCUAGAAGUUGGUUUCCAAGGGGUGAGAAAACCUAUCAGGCAGACCUUUACAGGAAAGGUGCUUGUGUCAAUUGUGGGGCUAAAACACAUGAUGCAAAGGCGUGUAUGGAACGGCCUAGAGAGAAAAAAGCAAAGCACACAAACAUGUUUAUUGCUCCUGACGAGAAGAUUUACCAGACGAACGAAUUAGAUUACGACUCCAAGCGUGACAGAUGGAACGGAUACGACUUUGCAAGGUAUGCUCACGAUACUAAGAUGUAUGAAGCCAGGGACGAGGCCAGAAUGAAAUCCCAACAAAUCAAGAAAUUGGAAAAUUUGAGUCAAGAUGAAGCCAAAUUAGUCGAUGAGAGCCAACAAAGGGAUUUUGCCAAGGUUGAGAAACGUGUGAGGACCACAGGCGGUGGCAGCACAGGAACUGUUAGGAACUUGAGAAUUCGCGAGGACACAGCAAAGUAUCUUCGCACUCUGGAUACGGAUUCCGCUUACUAUGAUCCUAAAUCUCGGUCUAUGCGUGAAAAUCCCAGUCCUGACUGUGACCCUAAUGAGAAUUUCUAUGCGGGUGAUAACCAAAACAUGGAAACCGGGCAAGCACUGGAAUUCAAGAAACUCAAUGUCUACGCUUUGGAGUCCUCUAGUAAGGGACAAGAUGUCCACUUGCAGGCGGCUCCUUCCCAAGCUGAACUGCUGUAUAAAACAUUUAGAGUCAGCAAGGGGAUGUUGGGGUCAAAAACUAUAGAUGCCAUUAUGCACAAGUAUGGAAAUGCGGCAAAUGAAGAUGACAUGCCGAGAGAGCUUCUACUUGGACAAAGUGAAAGACAGGUAGAGUAUGAUCGAGCUGGUAGAACCAUCAGGGGCCAUGAGAUGGUCAUCCCAAGGAGCAAGUACGAAGAAGGCCUCUACAGUAACAACCAUACAACUGUUUGGGGUUCAUGGUGGAGAGAUUACCAAUGGGGUUACAAGUGCUGCAACCAGAUGAUAAGGAACAGUUACUGCACUGGUAUUGCUGGAAUUGUGGCGGCAGAAGCAGCCACAGAUCUGAUGAAGGCCAACAUUUUCCGUAAGGAGACUAGCCAAGAACCUGCACCAGCAGACCAAAAGCUUAAGCUCACUUCUUGGGGAACUGAUGUACCAGAGGAUCUGGUCCUUGACGUGAAACAACUUAAUGAAGCACUCCAGAAGGAGGAUGGCAGGAGGAGGGAAGAGCGGGAUGAAAGGAAGCGCAAGUAUAAUGUCAAGUGGAAUGAUGAAGUUACUGCUGAGGAUAUGGAGGCGUAUAGGAUGAAGAAAGUCCAUCACGACGACCCAAUGAAGGAUUUCCUCAACUACAGAUGGAUUCAGACUGUGAGAAGCCAGUCCAAUCUGCAAAAAAACCCUAUGAGUUGUUAGGUAACUGAAAAAAGAAAUCUCAAUUUAAUAAAUCAAAUUGAUUGUACUUGUAGUUCUCCAAG